AUGGAUGCGCGCCCAUGUGAACGGGUUCAGGACCUGGCCCUGCGAAUCACCAGGGAAUCCACCGCCGGAGAAUACCCUUCCCUGUUCGACCUUCCCCCCGACGGCGAUCUGGACCCCAAAAGCCAUAAUUUCAGCGCAGAACGAUGGGCAAAGGCCUUCUAUCAGAUGAGCGUCAAGGCUCUUGACGGUACCGAGCCGAACACGGCCGGGUUGUCUUUUCAGAAGCUCAACGUCUACGGGCAUUCAGCUCUCUCAAACUACCAGACCACCAUUGGCAACUGUUUCCACGCCGGCAUGGACCGGGCUGCCGGCCUGCUGGGCAGAAAGCAGCCACGGCGUGUCGACAUCCUGCGAAAUCUCGAAGGAGUUAUGCAUAGCGGCGACGAAACGGCCAAAAACGUCCAAACGAAAUACCAAGGCGAAGCCAUUUGCGUUUCCGAGGUCGAUUAUCAUUUUCCCCGCCUGACCGUCGGCGAAAUUCUCUAUUUCGCCGCGAGAGCGCGCUGCCCCCGCAAUUUGAUGCAUUAUAAACACGAAUACGCCGAGCAAAUGCGCGACGUCGUUAUGGCGACGCUGGGUAUUUCGCAUACCAAAAACACCCGAAUCGGCAACGAUUUCAUCCGUGGCGUUAGCGGUGGAAAGCGUAAACGCGUUAAUAUCGCCGAAGCGGUGUUUAGCUAUUCCCCCUGGCAGUUUUGGGAUAACAGCACGCGCGGAUUUGAUUCUGCAAAUGCCGUCGAGUUUUGUAAAACCCUGCGUACCCAGGCCAAGGUUUUUGGCAGCACGGCUUGUGUGGCCAUUUACCAGGCCCCGCAGGGGGCGUACGAUAUAAAAAAGGCCAAGGCCUACUUUAAAGGUUUGGGAUUUUUGUGCCCGGAGCAGCAGACGACACCCGAUUUCCUAACGUCCAUAACGAGCACCUCCGAGAGGAAAAUACGCCCUGGCUGGUAA